AUGCGAUCGUUAGAAAUUAUAUGGGAUUUUAGAGACCAUCGGUCUCAUGCGUUUCCCGAGCUAGAAGCAGGGGCGUGUAUACUGGAUGAUGUGGGGCGCUGUCAUUACAUCUUUCAGAGAGCUUCUUCACCAAUAAGAAUUGUGGAAGCGGUCAAGCAGUUUUCACGAUUUGAACUUCCACAAAAGAAGGAACCCGGCGAUGUGCUAUCCCUAUUCGUUGCGCCGUUUCCUCCCCGGAAGACCAUCUUCCCUGAUCUUGCCAUUGAAAACAUUCCGAGCGGUUGCAAAAGGUCAAAGAUCAAGAUUUGCGUAGCGAGAAAUGGAUUUUCAUUUGGCACAGAAGUGAAACUCGGACCUUCAAGACUUGGAGCAGAGAGUGGAGAUGAGUACGACGGAACUCUCAACGUCGGCUGUGUAGGGCAUGGACGAUGCCGCGCAAAUAUAUAUGGAGCCAGGAGAAUUGGCCACAAUGAUCGCAAAGUUGUCACCCCUUUCAAUUCCAAGUUGUUAUCGGUUCAGCAAAGACUCAGCAAGAGUUCACAAAGCGUUCGGACUGGAGGACUGCCAAGGGCGCAUAUUGCUUUACUUAACAUGCAUGACCAACUUGAGGAGAAGUGA